CCCACGGAACCCGCACUGUUGCCAACUGCAACGCACUCAUCCACAUAGAGAGAGAGAGAGAGAGAGAGAGAGGGAGGGAGAGAGAGAGAGAGGGUUGCUUACAUACGGUCGUAUGGAUCAGCAACUGUCUGCCAGGUUCAAACGGAAGUAAUGCCCACUCCAGCCAACUCCGCACAGCAGGAGUCCGACGACAAUGACGACUACAUGUCAGACGCCCUGCUUCUAGGCACCGCAACGGCACCUCCUACGACGGGCCGUGGCCGCGAACCGGAUGCCAUAACCUACUCAGAGCGGCGGAAGGAGGCCCUCAGGCGGCAACAAGAGAAGGGGAUUGUUAAGAGCGUCAAGGAGCAGGAACGCGAGACGAGGGAGCAGGGACUGGCGUCGGAACUGACGCAGGAAAACAAGGGUUUCCAGAUGUUGGCCAAGAUGGGUUACAGAAAAGGGAUGGCCAUCGGCAACUCUAGCUCUGCCGUCGAGGAGCAAAAGCCCAUCGAAGUCGUUCUCAAAUCUGACAAGAGCGGACUUGGCAUCCGCCCGCCUUCCCCACCCAUCAACAAACGGCAGCGCCGCCCCUCCGAAGAACGCGCCCUCGAACUCGCCCAAUCCCAAUCCCGCCUCGAAUACCGGCAAGCCCAGAACGCGCGCUUCCUCGAACGACAAAUCCUGUCUGAUCUGCGCAAAGCCAGGAAAGCGUGCGAGGCCCUGGACGUCAAAUUGGGGGUGGAGAGGAACGAUUUCUGGAUGCCGGAGCGGAAAGACGUGAAGCAUGCGGCGGAGAUUGAGGAUGCCGGGGAUCCGAGGGCUGAGACCGCGUUGACGAGGCUUGUGAGGGAGAGUGUGGAGGCGGAACAUGAGGGGGCUACUGUGCUGGACGAUGGGGAGGAGGAGGAGUCGGAGUUUGAGCGGUUGCCGCCAUCGGUACAGCUCGAAGCCGUCAACACAUAUCUCCGCGACCUGCACCACUACUGUGUGUGGUGCGCGGCAGCUUACGAUUCGGCAAAGGAACUCAACGAGCUGUGUCCUGGUCCGACGGCCGACGAUCAUGACUAAGGCGCAGCCCGCCCAAGUCAGAGACAUUGUGCCCCGCUCUAUCCAGCUUGCCCCAUGCUGGUGUUGGGCUCCCACGCCUCUCGAUAUUUGAAGAACAUCAGAGUUUUGCAUUGCUCAAGUCGAUUUCACCCGGGUCAAACGAUGCUAUCGAUUAGACGCAACGACAUACAAACAAAAGUUUGCAAAAGGAGCAUCAGCUGCAGUGACCUAUGACACAUUCCCACAAUCGCCAUUAGUGGGGAACAGUCACCCUCAAGUUUGACUACACUAUCAAUCAUGAUCGCCAGGUCACACUCGCACCGACCACGAGUGCAUUUUCACAUGUACUGUGAGCAGACAGGCUGGGUCCGGCA